GAGGCCGGCGCAAAAGCGUCCGUCCACCCCUCUCUCGCGCGCUGCGCUGCGGUGCGGCGGCGUUUCUCUGUUGCGUGGUGUGGUGAAUCGAUCUGCUUCUUCUCGUUUUGGGGGGGUGGAGGUGGUGGUGGUGGGGAUCGAUCGGCGUCGGUGGGUUUGGGGGAGAUGGCGAGGGAGAGGAGGGAGAUACGGAGGAUAGAGAGCGCGGCGGCGCGGCAGGUAACCUUCUCGAAGCGGCGGCGGGGGCUGUUCAAGAAGGCGGAGGAGCUCGCGGUGCUGUGCGACGCCGACGUCGCGCUCGUCGUCUUCUCCUCCACCGGCAAGCUCUCCCAGUUCGCCAGCUCCAGUAUGAACGAGAUCAUUGACAAGUACACUACCCAUUCAAAGAACCUGGGGAAACCAGAUAAGCAGCCUUCAAUUGAUCUGAAUUUAGAGCACAGCAAGUGUAGCAGUUUGAAUGAACAACUGGCAGAAGCAAGCCUUCAGCUUAGACAGAUGAGAGGUGAGGAGCUUGAUGGAUUGAGUGUGGAAGAACUGCAGCGGAUGGAAAAGAACCUCGAAGCAGGACUGCAGCGAGUGCUCUGUACAAAGGACCGGCAAUUCAUGGAAGAAAUCGGCGAGCUCCAACAAAAGGGUAUUCAGCUGGCAGAGGAGAAUAUGCGCCUCAGAAACCAAAUGCCUCAGGUGCCAUCUGCUGGCAUGUUGGCGGUUCCUGAUACUGAAAAUGUUCUUGCUGAAGAUGGACAAUCAUCUGAAUCUGUGAUGACCGCGUUAAAUUCAGGGAGCUCGCAGGAUAAUGAUGAUGGCUCCGAUAUAUCCCUGAAACUAGGGUUGCCUUGAAAUAAAAGGAGGGCCAAAGAGCAAGAGAGAAAUGGGAUGACGUCCACCAUGAAUUGUCUUCCGUGUGCAUGAGUUGGACGUUAAAUGCAUCUUAAGUAGAUCAAGAAGAUGCAUGCCAUGCUGUGAGAUUAAUUACCAACAAGGCUGCAAUAAUCCUAUGAUCGAUUGACCUGCCAUACUAUGCCUGCUGAUGAAAUGUUCCGCUUGCUUUGAUCCUUUGUCAAAACUCGUACUAGUGUACCAUACUACUACCUUCGUCGCUCUUAAUUAAAUGCGACAUGUAUGUAUUUAUUCGGUUAAUUCGUGCAAGUUAUGUACCCUGUAUGGAAACCGUAUGGCAAGUACGUGUGACAUCGGCUGAAGAGACUUAUUAUUGGCAUAAUUAUUAAGCUAGCCGUACGUUCUCAUAUAUGUUAACUUAUACCUUGUUCACUGAGGAGUGAUUUCAUUUAACGUCGCGAUAGAGUUUGUGUGUGUAUGUAUUUACUUGUAUAGUC